AUGGCUUCGUCGUCCAAGAGCGGCGCGCCUAGCGUCAUGGCCAAGUUCCUGGGCCUGUUGAAGAACUACCGGGAGCCUGUGACGGACGCAGAGGUGCGCGAUUACUUCCAGGCCGAAGGUGGUGGUGGCUACGAGCAGCUUCCCGACGUAAUCAAUGCGCUGCUGACCGAGGGCAAGAUCAAGAUUUUCAAGAAGGGCAGUGUGCUCUCCUAUGGCAUCGUGGACGCCGAAGAAGCUGAGCGUAUUCGAGGACUCACGUUGGAGCAGCGCCUGGUGUUGCAGGAGAUCGAGCGCGCAGGCAACAAGGGCAUCUGGACCAGGGAUAUCAAGUCACAUACUAAUAUCCCACAGCAAAUUGUGACCAAGACGUUGCGGCUGCUGGAGACACGCCGUCUCGUCAAGUCGGUCAAGUCGAUUAGCAGCAAGAACAAGAAGCUGUACAUGCUGUUCGACCUGGUGCCUUCGACGGAGAUUACUGGUGGCCCGUGGUACAAUGAGCAGGAGUUCGAUCACGUAUUUAUUGACACGCUCAGCACGUUCGUGUACGAAGUGAUCAAGGCGUCAGGAAUGAGCACGUUGAACGCGAUUACAGACAAAGUGCAUGCCUCGGGCAUCUCCAAGGUGGCGCUGGGUCCAGAGGAGAUUCGCUCUAUCAUUCAGACGCUCAUGUACGAUGGUCGCGUCGAGGAAGUGCGCUCUGUGCGUCUCACACCUGGUGCAUCUCACGAGGUCAAGUACAAAGUUUCACAGCAAAUUACGACGUUCAACUACCUGUCGGAGACUCCGUGUGGUGUAUGUCCGGUGUUCGACCAGUGCCAGGAAGGGAACGUCAUUUCUCCGCGUUCGUGCCUGUACAUGACCAAGUGGCUUGGCCUCAAGGAGCUUGACUUCUAG